CCAGACAGAGGAUUGGACUCUUUGAACGCGUGGCUGUUAAUGCGCAUUCAGACAAACUCUCAACUACUGAGAGGAUACUCUGCUCCGCACGCUAGAGCAGUAGCCUGUACUCUACAGCGUCCGCUGACCAAACAUAGUGCAUGCUCUGGUAGAAAACAUCAUUUAACCAAGACAAUGUGUUUUUAUCGCUUUAUGAAAAUGCUGCUCUGGAAAAAGUAAAAAAAAAUAAAAGAGCAGCCAGAUGGGAAAUAGGCUUUAAGGCUGGACUCACCGGAAGAUGAAGUCUCAAUCAAGACACCGAAUGCAGUCACUGGAAAUGAAUUUGAACACAAUUCUUUGGUAGAAUUAGCAGGGGUUUUUUUUCCCCCAAUAAACAAGAGGUUUCUGCUUUGGAACAGUGAAACCAGUUGAUAGGUCGUCAGCGGUCUGCAACCUGGGCGGACUGCUCUCCUGAAUCGCAUGGAUUCAUGGUCUAUCCCGAAAUAACGAAGCCAAUCACCGCAAUGACAUCUACACGUGCGUCCUCUUGUCCCAAAACGUUCCAGAGUGGAUUUAAUCGUCAUUCCUCCUAAAUAAAGUUACAAAACAUGACAACACCAAGAUCACUCCUGGUCAUUUUCCUCCUACAUCAGGUGUGGUGCAGGAAGGUCCAGCUGCAGUUCCCAGAGACAGAGCUGAUAGAGUGGGAGGAGAGGGACCAUGAGGAGAAAUUCUCCCCCAGUGGAGCCGGGGCCAGUCCCAGAGUCCUCAACCCCCUGAGGCUAUUCGCUAGGGGGGUUCCUGGAGCCGUCGGGCCCCCCAGCCUUAAACACAACCCCAUCAGGGACAUGACAUACCUAGAGAACAUGGAGGACUUCUGGGAUUGGUUAUCCAACCAGACAGAUGUUCAGGCCAGCCAGGUCAGAGCAAAGCGACGACCCAUCGUCAAGACAGGCAAGUUCAAGAAGAUGUUUGGCUGGGGAGACUUCCACUCCAACAUUAAGACCGUCAAACUCAACCUGCUGAUCACCGGGAAGAUCGUGGACCACGGUAACGGAACGUUCAGUGUCUACUUCCGCCAUAACUCCACUGGCCUGGGGAACGUUUCGGUGAGUCUGGUGCCGCCGUCUAAAGUGGUGGAGUUUGAGAUGGCUCAGCAGUCCACACUGGAGACAAAAGACUCUAAAGCUUUCAACUGUCGCAUCGAGUAUGAGAAGACGGACCGCAACAAGAAGACGGCUCUGUGCAGCUUCGACUCCUCCAAGGUGUGUUACCAGGAACAGACGCAGAGUCACGUCUCCUGGCUCUGCUCUAAGCCCUUUAAAGUAAUCUGCAUCUACAUCGCCUUCUACAGCGUGGACUACAAACUGGUGCAGAAGGUCUGCCCGGACUACAACUACCAUAGUGACACUCCCUACUCCUCCACUGGCUGAAGGUCUGCCCCGGACUACAACUACCAUAAUGACACUCCAUACUCCUCCUCCACUGGCUGAAGGUCUGCCCGGACUACAACUACCAUAAUGACACUCCAUACUCCUCCACUGGCAGAAGGUCUGCCCGGACUACAACUACCAUAAUGCCACUCCCUACUCCUCCACUGGCUGAAGGUCUGGCGGACUACAACUACCAUAAUGACACUCCCUACUCCUCCACUGGCUGAAGGUCUGCCCGGACUACAACUACCAUAAUGACACUCCCUACUCCUCCACUGGCUGAAGGUCUGCCCCGGACUACAACUACCAUAAUGACACUCCCUACUCCUCCACUGGCUGAAGGUCUGCCCCGGACUACAACUACCA